GCUCGCGCCAUGAUGAUCGACGGCCACAUACCUACAAGCAUGUGGGCCAAGGCGGUGUAUGCGGCGAACUACCUGCACGCGAGAAGCCCUACCGCAGCGAAUAAGGGCAUGACACCUAACGAGAAACUGCACGGGACAGAGCCAGCUGUGGCGCAUCUCCGCAGCUUCGGCUGCCGCACUUAUCGAGCUGUACCAGCCAGUCAGCGGACGAAGUUUGGCUCACGAGCUGAGAUGCACUACCUUGUUGGCUACGUACACGUCAGUACUACAAUCUUGCGUCUCUGGGACCCCGCAAGCCGGCAGGCGGUACAGGCAUCCAACGUUACCUGCGACGAAUCCGGU